AAGAAGCAUCAUAGCUGCUUCGUCUUUCUGCAACCCUUGUUACAAGUCUCUCACUUACCUUUGUCUUAUUCCUACUCAAUACUUUCAAGAUUUCAGAUCUUCACUUCCGAACCUUCUUCUUUCUUUCCCACAUCUUCUCCUUCUACUCUCCAACUAUAUAUAAAUAUCACUCUAUCUAUACUUCACUACACACCAUAGUUCAUUUUCUUACGAGUUUGUAUUCUGUUUUGUUCUAAAAGCAAACACACAUGGCUUCAAAUAUUUGCAAACCUUCUCGUCGCGAUCAUUCUCUAAUAAAAACAACCAAAUGUGCUUCAAAACCUACCCUUUUACUGAAAGACUAUCUCAGGGACGACCUGAGUUCAUGUUCAUCUAGCGGUUUCAAAUCAUUUCCGCGCAGGCAAUGCUGCACCACCGUUGGAUUUGUCAAGGAAAAAGAUCUCAAACUCCAACGCAAGAAGAGAAGCACUGCAAGUACACUUCCUCGGCGAAGGCCAACAGUAACCGCUCUGCAGAGAGCUUCCGGAGCAGUAAUAACAGCCAUUAGGUCAUUGUCCUCACAAAAGAGCUGUAAGCCAAAGAAAGCUUCUACCGGUGUUCUUUCUAGAAGCUUCUCGAGGAAGCUGUUAAGCCGAAGAUUCUGGAGAAAACCUGUGAAGGAAGAUGCAAGCGAAGGUGUACUGAGGUGUAGGAGAUCUUUCCGUGAUCUCCUUAUUCAUGAACGUGAUUAUAAACCGACGUCGUUCAGUGAGGAUACUGUUUUCACUCCCAAAAGCGUCGCCACUGUCUCUUCAGGUUGUUGCAGUAACAGCUGGGGAGAAAGUGAGUUCACAUUUUCAUCAAACACUACUUCCUCCGACAGUUCCAUAGAUAACCUAGUUGACGGCGUCACAAACGGCACUCCCCAUCGUCACAAGAUAGAAGCAGUAACACAUGGGGAAUGGUCAACCGAGAAGGAACAAUUCAGCCCUGUAUCAAUACUGGAUUGCCCAUUUGAAGAUGAAGAAGAAAUCAAAUCUAGUUUCAUGAUCAAUUCUUUCUUCCAAGGAGCAGAAAACAAGCAUAUACAGAAGACACGACAUUUUGAGAACAUAUCUUCAAUUGAGCCAUUGGUUUUAGACCUAGAAGACGAACCACGUAACUAUUCUUCAAAACAAUGUUCAUUAUCAGUAAUAGAGUCAAAUAUUGGAGACAACAAAAACAAGGAUGAGCUAAACAAAUUGAUGAUUAACACAGAGAAACUACUGUUUGAUUACUUAGAACAGCGCAUUGAAGAAAAUGAUAAUGCUGAUUAUUCAAAGAAUCUUAACCUUUUCAAUGUAGUUGAUGAUUGGAUGAGAGGGAAACCACAAGAACCAUAUUUGGGUUGGGAAGUGAAAGAAGGAAGAUAUGUCUACAUUAGUGAGAUGGAGAGACGUGGAGAGUGGAAAAACUAUGAUCAAGAAACGGAACAACUUGUUCUUGAGUUGGAAAAUGAUGUCUUAAGUAGUUUGGUUAACGAGAUUGUUCUUGACCUUGUGAUAUGCUAGACUAGUUAAUCACACACAUGAGAUGUUGUAACUUGCAAGUAGAUUUUGCUUCCUUUGUUUUAUGUUUUAUGGAUUUUUUUUUUGGUCUUGUUCUCCCUAUCUCGGGGAAACAAGUAACUAAAUUUUGAAACAAUUUAGGUAUCAUAUUUAUAUUUGGUUUUUUUAGUGGUUUUCUUCUUUGUGGUUUGAGUUAGUAUUUGAGGUACUAAUGUUCGUCUCGAAUGAAGUUGGACUGGAUAGAAUAGAAUGCUUAAGUUGAUAUUAGAAAUAGCCAAGUAGUGUGUGUUUAG